AAUCGGCUAAGGGACCAGAUGUCGACUCACGGACGCGGUCGCGGGCGAGGUAGAGGUAGGACAGGCACCGUUACUCCUGCUUCCAUAGGGACUGAUCCAGUAGAUUUUAUGGCUGCCCUGGGAAAUAUGGCUGUAGCUAUGCAGGCAACAGCUGAGGCACUGGGUAAUCAGAUAAACCAGGGUAAUCAUGGAAACAAUAAUGAUGAGGACGGUCCUAUGACACUUGCUACAUUUCUGAAAGUUCGCCCUCCGACCUUUAGGGGAACCUCAAAUCCCACUGAUGCAGAUAAUUGGAUUCAGGCUAUGGAAAGGGCGUUGCAGGCCCAACAGGUUCCUGAAGAGCAAUGGGUUGAAUUUGGAACUUAUCAGUUGCAAGGUGAAGCUCAGUAUUGGUGGCAGGGAACACGACGUAUCCUGCAGCCUGAUGGUGCUGCGAUUCUUUGGGAGGUUUUUCGGACAGAGUUCUAUAAGAAAUACUUUCCUAAUUCAGCUAGAAAUGCCAAGGAACUUGAAUUAAUGCAGUUAAAGUAGGGACAGAUGACUGUUGCUGAGUAUACCAGUAAAUUUGAAGAGUUAUGUCGCUUUUCUCGUAUCUGUCAAGGUGCGCCUGAAGAUUUUGCUGAAUGGAAGUGUAUUAAAUAUGAGGGAGGUCUUCGGAGCGAUAUUCUGAGCUUCGUUGCCCCAAUGGAGAUCAGGGUGUUUUCUGAAUUGGUGAAUAAGAGUAGGGUGGCUGAGGAUUGUGUGAGGAAGGCGGCAGCAGAGAAA